UAGCUCGAGAUGGAGAGAGAGAGAGAGAGAGAGGAGGAGAGAGAGAGAGAGAGUGUGUGUGUGCAGGGUGCGCUCCAUCCACAGCCUCAGUACACCGGACUGUCAUCCCUGGAGCGGCCGCCUGCAUCUCCACCAGCUCUCUGCUGCUUCUCCUCGGGUUUUACAGUCAGCGGAUGUAACAUGGAGCCGAUCUGAGACGCACAGUCGAGUCUCAGCACUUUGUCUUACUACAACAAAAACAAAAAACUCAACUAAUUCUCUCAGAGCUCGUCCGGCUGAGUCAGAAUAAUGAUGGAGUACUGGAGGCAAUGCGCGCUGUGGUUAAUAAAUUGCAAGGUGCUCCCGGCGAACCACCGGGUUACAUGGGAGUCUGCUCAGGUAUUUGACUUGGAGACCCUCCGGGAUGGGGUCCUCCUGUGCCAUCUGCUCAACAACCUGAGACCCCAGUCCAUCAACCUGAAGGAGAUCAACCUCAGACCGCAAAUGUCACAGUUCCUGUGCCUGAAGAACAUCAGGACUUUCCUGGCAGCGUGCAGCGAGACAUUCGGCAUGAAGAAGAGCGAGCUAUUCGAGGCCUUUGACCUUUUUGACGUCAGGGACUUUGGAAAGGUGAUGGACACACUGUCCAAACUGUCCCACACAGUGAUCGCACAACAAACUGGAAUCAGGCCUUUUCCAACAGAGGAGAGUGUUGAAGACGAGGAUAUUUACAACCACCUGGAGGAUCUUAUAGAUGAGAACGAGGUGGAGGAUGAGGAGGAUCUAUACGACUGCGUGUACGAUGAUGAAGAUGGUGGAGAGAUCUACGAGGACCUGAUGAAGACAGAAGCCAUCCCUCCUCCGGCGUUUCACAAGCAGGCGGAGACUGACAUCAGGAGCUGCUGUUUAACAGAGAUCAAGCAGACAGAGGAGAAAUACACUGAGACCCUGGAGUCCAUAGAGAAGCACUUUAUGACACCCCUCACCAUGUUUUUAUCCACGGUCGAGAUGGAGAGGGUGUUUGUGAAUAUCCCGGACCUGGUUAAAGUUCACAAAUCUUUACUGCUGGAAAUCCUCGACUCAGUCCACCACAGAAGUGCCCAGAACCUGUACCAGAUCUUCAUCACUUUCAAAGAGAGGUUGUUGAUCUAUGGGAAAUACUGCAGCCAUGUGGAGACAGCCAUCGCCACUCUGGACAACAUCAGCAAAGACAGAGAGGACGUACGCAUGAAGCUGGAGGAGUGUUCUAAGAGGGCCAACUAUGGAAAGUUCACACUAAGGGAUCUGCUGGUGGUUCCUAUGCAGCGAGUCUUGAAGUACCACCUUCUCUUACAGGAGCUGGUGAAACACACUCACGAUGCCACUGACAAGAGCAACCUGCGGAUGGCACUGGACGCCAUGAAGGACUUGGCUCAGUACGUUAACGAAGUGAAGCGAGACAAUGAGACACUGAGAGAAAUAGAUCAGUAUCAGAGAUCCAUCGAGAACCUGAAUCAGCCUCUGAGUAACUAUGGGAGACCCAAAGGUGACGGGGAGGUACGGGUGGCCUCGGUUGACAAACGAGCCAAACAGGACAGACACAUCUUCCUGUUCGACGCUGCAGUCAUCGUUUGUAAGCGGCGGGGAGACAACUACGAGAUGAAAGAGGUGAUUGACCUGCACCUAUUUAAGGUCACCAACAACCCCACGUCGGACAAGGAGAACCGAAAGUGGUCCUACGGAUUCUACCUCACUCACAACCAGGGCCAGAGCGGCUUUGAAUUCUUCUUCAAGACCAAAGAGUUGAAAAAGAAGUGGCUGGAGCAGUUUGGCAUGGCUAUAUCCAACAUUCGUCCUGAGAAUGCCAGCAACAACUUCCAUGAGUUUCGUAUGCACACCUUUGACAGAAUCACCUCCUGCAACUCCUGCCACAUGCUGCUGAGAGGCGUCUUUAACCAGGGCUACCUGUGCUCCAAGUGUGGUUUAGGUGCCCAUAAAGAAUGCCUGGGCCGCUUUGGCUGCUGUGGAAAAACAGAUCCCGGCUCCGUCAGAACUCAGGGCAAAGAUCGAGAUCCAGGUCUGCCCAAGAUGCUGGUGAUCAGGAACUACUUCGGCGUACCGAGCCCCACUGCUGGACCAGCGCUCAGCAUCCAGACGGGUGACAUCAUCGAAUUAAUCUGCGCUGACCUUCACAGCCCGUGGUGGCAGGGCAAAAUCCUGUCGACGAAAGAGGUUGGCUUCUUUCCAAGCGAUGCCGUGAAGCCCUGCCCAUGUGUGCCGAAGCCGGUCGAUUACUCCUCUCAACCCUGGUUUGCGGGGCCCAUGGAGAGGCUCCAGGCGGAGGCAGAGCUCAUCAACAGGGUCAACAGCACUUACCUGGUACGCCAUCGCAGCAGAGAGUACACAGAGUACGCCAUCAGCAUAAAGUACAACAACGACGUGAAGCACAUAAAGAUCCUGACCAAGGAGGGCUGCUUCUACAUCGCAGAGAACAAGAAGUUCAGGAGCAUAUUAGAGCUGAUCGAGUAUUACAAGCACCACUCCCUGAGAGAAGGUUUUCGGAGUCUGGACACCACGCUGCAGUUUCCUUACCGAGAACCAGAGAACGCUGCCAUGCACCGCCUCAACCGGUCGGGAGGAAACAUGUUUACUCCCAAAGUGAUCGGUGUGGCGAUAGCCAGGUAUGACUUCAGCUCACGUGACACCCGGGAGCUCUCGCUGCAGGAGGGCGACGUGGUGAAGAUCUACACAAAGUCAGGAGCCAACGGCUGGUGGAGAGGCGAGGUCAACGGCAGGGUGGGCUGGUUUCCAUCCACAUACGUAGAGGAGGGUGAGGAGUGAACAGUCCUCCACUGGAAUUAGACUAAGAUAAAAGAAGAGCAGCAGCAGUGGAAAAAGCAAACUGAGCACAUAACAGUGACAAACAGAAUGAGCGUGUGCUUGCUCCAGUGUUACGGCUUCGCCCUCCUCCACGGAGCCCUGCUGCCUACAACCAUCCCAGAGGCCUUUGGGAGAGAAAAGGGCUGCGGUACGCUACCGAUGCAAAGAUCCCCAAUCGUUUCUGGUCGGCUCUGUGAGGCUAAGUGACUCCACCAACUACCAGCUUGCCUGUCAGCGGGACUCAAGCCCUCGCCAGAUGCCCCCUUGCUCCCUCCCCAACUUCAUCCGUCCAUCCAUAAUUCACCCUUCACUCCCCCCCGCCUCUCUCUGAGCCAGCCAGCCACAGCCCCUAACUCCCACCUGUUUCUACUUGCCAAGUCGGCCGUCGUCAAUCUGUCAAAGGUAGAUAAUCAAAUGCCACUCUUCCAUUCAUGUGUUCAUCCAUCCUCCACCCCUCCCCCUGUGGAAAUAGAGUCAUCUGAAAAAGACCCACAAGUUUUUUUAUCCUUUCAUCCCCUCCUCACUCUGAAGGGAUCUCAGUCAGUUUUGACCUUGUCUGCGUGUUUGUUCCACUAAUGCAGGUGGUUAUUGAUGACUUGAUGACCCAGAUUCACACAUCCACACCACCCACCUCUCCUCCCCUUCAGAUUAUGAUCACCACACACACACACACACACACUCUUACAGGAGAUGUAAGAGAAGGAUGGCGUCUGAUAGCAUCGCUGCACAGUGCCAGCAAUUGAUCGCUGUUGUUCCUAUUUUCCUCCCACCUCCUACAUUCUUUAUCUGCAGCCCAGCCUCUCAUGUUUUUAGUUGUCUUGGCCGUUAGCGAUCCUCUGCUCUUAUCAGUGGCAGCUCUGUCAACAGAAGCCCAUUCGCUGAGGGUUUAUCUUAGUGGAGGUAUUAGUGUCGGGGAACAAGCCACCUGUCCCAGUAACAUGAAACAGAAGAAAAGAAGAGCAGAUGAGACACAAACAAACUUUAUUCCUCUUUUUGUCUCUUUUUCCUCCAUUAUCUAUCUUGCUUUCUUUGCUUUUUCAGCAUUACUUGAUUGUUUUUUCAGUUUCAUCGUCUGCAGAUAUGAUGGAUAUGAUUCUCACAGAGCUGAUCAAUACCGCACUGUGAGAGGAUAUAUACCCAGAGUCAUACCUUUGCAACAUUUUCACCAGAUAAUGAAUCAAACAUAUUUUAACAUUGUCCUCCUGGGGGUUAGUGGAGACUUAGUGUCUCUGCUUUAACUGCUAUUUCAGUGAUUUUUUCUCACAAGAAAAACAAUUUUGGCAGAAACACUGAACACAGCAAUUUGGAAGAUUUGUUUUGGCAAGAAAAACAUCACAUUUUGAAAGGUAUUUCAGUAUCAACACUUCAAUCCAAAAGCACUGAUCAGUUUUCAGAAACUUUUUUAUAUCUUCCAGCCAACUGUCCUCCCUUUCACCCCACACUCCACCCUCACCCCCCACAUACAUUAUGCACACUGUCUCCUUAAUCCACAGUGAAAGAGGAUUUUCCUACAUUUGAGGGAGUAAAGAUCUUUACAGGAAAACAUGCUGCACAACACACUCAUAAUCUUAACACACACCAAUAUACAGCCACAGACAGGAUAAGACAGCAGAGUACAUAGAUCCAAAAGAGUGAUGAAAUUAUGUCUGGAGGUGCGACUGAAAACUCCCCAGCAGUUGGCUCAGUGCAGCGAUGUUUUCAUCUCAGCCAUGGAGAGUUUCUUUGCUGUGAAACAAACCACACUCCUUUGUUUCAAACGUGUACUUACUGAUUAUUUUAUUUAAUUCAUGGUUGGUGAUUUCUGAUCACUCAGUGGUCAGAGGGCAGUGGUUACCUGGGACAGGUCACUCAUCAUCAUACUCACAGACCUUUCUGUGAAGAUGGUCCAAACACUACUUUGAGCUCGUCCUGUGAUUUCUUCAGUUUGAAUUUUUAUUUGGCUGCAUUUCCUCUGCUCCUCCUCAAACACACUCACACACCUACACACAACAAAUCAUCCAUCUCUAUGUAAUGAUUUAAAAUGAAAUGUACAUAAAAUACAAUGAUAUCUGUCACUGAAACACACACUGGGGGCUUUUACUAAGAGGAAGUGUCUCCUCGUUUAUCACUAUAGUGAAAACAUGAAGUUUCAAACAUCAUUAGAGUAUUCAGUUGAAGUUUAAAUAUGACCAAAGUCUUCAUGUGAUGAACUAGGAGACCCUGCCUCUGCCUCAGCACAUUGUUUCCUUUCAAGCCAUCAUCCUCCUCCUCUGUCAUGUCUUCACUGGGUAUUGUGCCAGAAAUAUAUUUUGUGAAUCUCAGUAAGGAUUUAUUGUAAAGAUGUGCUUUUGUAUGGACUUAAUGGAGCCAUUAUGUUUGAAAAAAAAAAUAUUAAUAACCCCCUGCCAGACCUGCCACUGCUUUAUAAUCUAUAUGACAAAAAUGGUUUUGUUCUCAGUCUUAUUGUUUAACCACUGGACUGAGGAAAUGUGUCAGAAAGGGUCACGUUAAUGUAUUUUUGCAUUGUGACACAUCCCUUUUAUAUUUUUUGUUCCAUCAACAAUGUCAUUAAGUGACCACUAGAUGGAAGCAUCCUAAACACAUCUCCUUCUCUCCCAGCAGUCACCUUCAACUCACCAAAGUUUGGAGAUGACAUCAUCUGAUUAGGAGGUGAACAAUAUGUGUGAGGAGGCAGUUAGUAGACAAGUCCAGAGUAUCCACAAAAUUCAGGCUCAUCUUAAAGAGUCCUGUUUAAAUUGCAGGUGGAUGAAAAAAUAUUUGAAAUUAUUUGUAAAAUUAUUUAUAGUCACCACAGACCUGUCCUGACUUUCUGAUAUUCUAGAAACUUCAUGUCCAGUAGGAACCCUCCCCUCCUGUAGUCUCUGAACAGUCAAUUGAAUUUGUAACAUCUUUAGCAAAUCUCAGAGUGAGCUGUGGUGCGGCAGUGGCACAAAUGCGAUCCAGCACCAGCCUCUCUCCCGUCCUGGGAGAACCGGAGAGGCAGAGUAGGCUUCUCUAAUCGCAGACUCUGGUAAUCCACUCCCGCACUCCCUCCUCCGCCCAGAUGAACUCUGACAGGAGGGCCAUUUACAACUGCAGGCCUUCCUCCCCUCAGAGUAAGCCUCCAGAUUUUUUGCGUGCAGGAGGGACGGGAGGAAGGCUCAAGGGUAUCUGUGAUCUAAUCAUUACACCAUCUCCUCACCUCAGCGACCCGGCUGCAUCCAUCUCUCUGUCAGCUCCCCUCUCUCUCGCUCUACCUCACUGUGUCACUUCCUUUCCCUCUGUCUCUCUCUUUACUGCUCUUUUUCCCCAUCCAUCUUUCCUCCAAUCUCUGUCUUCUCGGUUUCUCUCUGUAUUCUGUCCCUCAUGCCGAUGCUCUGUAGGUUGUAACAGCCGCUGCCGUAUGUUGGCGGGAGGAGAAUAGAAGAUUCAGUAUUAUCAGGAGAGGAGGGAGAGAGGCGGUCUGACUCUCUAUAAACAACCACAGCAAAAUGAGGACUGGUUUAAUUUUACCACAAAUUAAUAGACUGAGAGAAACGACGCCAAUUAGAGAAUGAAUCAGAACCCGUUCUCUCCACUGUUAUCUCCUCACAUACUCCGUGUGCAGAUUACUACAUGGCCCGUAUGCACAGGCACACACCAUGUACGUGGGGAGAGGCAUGUUGACAGGAUUCAGGGCUGGGCAAGUCUUAGCCCAGCAGGGGUUUUAGAAUAUGCUUUCCUUAACCAACACGUGAGAACAGAUCAGUACCAACCUGAGCAGAAACAUAAAAGUCACACAUUCAUGAAAAAAAAAAAAACUGUAAUACUUGUUUCUUUCUGUGCUGAAAAAUCCAUUAUAUCCUAAAUCAUCACCCUCCAGUCAUUUAUUUUACAUCCACGCUGUUUGCCCACGUUCCUUUCUCCCAGUGAAGCCAAAGAUGUUGCUGUACUAACUGUACAACUCAAUGUUAUGUCUCAUAACCACGGUACCGACCGUUGUGGCCUAACUCUAAAACAGUGCAAUCCUGACUGUGUAGCAUUACCGUGUAUUGUUGCUGUAUCAUACUGUAAAAUAUGUACAUAGCACAUAAUAAAGAUACAUAUUGCUUCUUCUAA